AUGUCUAAUCUUUCCGCUCCAAUCCCCACAGAAGCCAACAUACCCAUACCUCCUAAGCCCGUCGGAGUGUGUCUUGUCGGUCUCGGCAGGGCUGGCAAGUUCCAUAUCGAAGCCCUAGGUAGACUCGGCCCACGGGUCGUUAAAAUCCUCUAUGUUGUUGAUGUUAAAGAGGAACUCGUUGAGGAGCGAGCCAAGGAACUAGGCUGUAUUGGUCUUACCGAUAUGAAGGAAGCUAUGGCAGACCCCGAGGUCCAAGCUGUUAUCGUGGGCUCUAGCACGUACAUGCAUCAUGAGCAUAUCAUGACUGCAUUGAAGGCCGGAAAGGCCUGUCUCACAGAGAAGCCCAUCGCUGACAACCAGAAGGAACUCCAGGAGCUCAUUGAUUACGUUAAAACCGUAGAAGUGCCCUUUCGUGUUGGGUAUCAGCGUAGAACUGAUCCCAACUUCCGUGUACUAAAACAACAGAUAGAAAUGGGUAUAGUUGGGGAGCCUCGCAUUAUCAAUUGUACUUCUCGCGACAAUCCGGAACCUCCUAUGGAGUACUUGGAGGUCUCUGGAGGUAUAUUCCACGAUAUGCUCACUCAUGACUUCGACAUGAUACAUUUCCUCACCGGUCAAAUACCAGAGUCUGUGUAUUCCAUUGGGCAUGCCUACAACCCCAAGAUCAAGGCUAUGGAUGAUGUAGAUACGGCUAUGGUGACGUUGAAAUAUCCCAACGGUCUGCUUGCCACUGUUAACACAAGUCGCAUUGCUCCAUACGGCUAUGACCAACGCGUUGAGGUCUUUGGGCCCAAGGGCAUGGUGACCGCUGAAAAUCAGCGGGAGUCUACUGUUACAGUAGCGACCGAUCUAGGUUACCAGAGUGCUAGAGCUGACUACAGUUUUCCUGAGAGAUACCCUGCGGCCUAUCUCGAGAGUGAUGCUCAGUUCAUCAAAAUGGUCAUUGAAAAGACGAAGGAGGAUCCAGCUGAGAACGAUCGAUUCGUUCUCCUCGACAAGGUUGCUCGUGCUGCCGAGAAGUCCCUUCACGAGAACCGCGUUGUUCUCCUAACUGAGUUCGGAAACUAA